ACCAAAAUGAAAUUUGACAGCAUACUCACAGAAAUUAACGGAUUUGGGAAAUUCCAAAUCAGGCUAACCUUAAUUCAGAUCUUCUCUCGCAUGUCUCUGCCAUGUCACUUCCUGCUGAAUAACUUCAUGGGAGCAGUUCCCUCUCACCACUGCAACAUCACGGCUCUGGAUGAUGGAAGCAUCUUCAGUAAUUUAACUCAGGAACAGAAACUGUCCGUUGGUGUGCCAUCAGAGCAGGAUGGGACUCUGAGCUCCUGUCAGAUGUUUUCAAAGCCGCAGUAUCAGCAUCUGUCAGGUCUGAACAGAAGUGGGGAUGCAGUUACUGUUCUGUGUCGGAAUGGAUGGGUGUAUGACAACAGCACCUUUAAAUCUACCCUGGCCACCGAGUGGGAUCUUGUGUGCAGCAAGAAAGGGAUGAACAAGGCAACAGUCACACUUUUCUUCCUCGGUGUUAUGUGUGGAGCCCCGUUAUUUGGGUUUCUCAGUGACAGGUAUGGCCGACGACCGCUGCUGUUGAUGUCUUAUAUGUCAUCCUUGAUGUUUGCGGUCCUGAGUGCAUUCUCCCCAUCGUACAUGGUGUUUGUCAUCAUGAGGUUUUUGACAGGAAUGUCACUCUCAGGAAUAAGUAUAAUCUCCAUUGCUCUAAAUGUUGAAUGGUGUGGCAUUGCACAUAGGACCUUUACUGGUAUAAUCAUAAGUCUGGAUUGGACACUUGGAAACAUGCUUCUGGUUGGAAUUGCAUACAAUGUCAAUCAUUGGAGGAUGCUCAUUGUGGCAGUGACCGCACCUUUACUACUGUCCAUCGUUACUUGGAGGUGGCUUCCAGAGUCUGCAAGGUGGCUCUUGGCAAACGGGAAGACAGAUGCUGCUCAUGGUUACUUAGUGCAAUGUGCCCAGAUGAACAACAGAAUGAAGUAUAUGGCCACCAUCACACAAACGGAAUUACUGAAAAUGGCAGAGGGGGAAAAUGAAGAUAAGAAAUAUACCUUUUUGGAUCUUUUCAAGACACCAAAUAUUAGGAAGAUUUCUAUAUGCUCAGGAAUAGUAUGGUACGGAGUUGCAUUGACAUAUUAUGGGAUAAGUCUAAAUAUCACCGGGUUCGGACUAAACCCAUACCUCACACAGAUCAUAUUUGCAUCCAUCGAAAUGCCAAUGAAGAUCGGUGUGUAUUUCUUCCUGGAGAAAGUUGGUCGAAGGUCUGGUGAGAUGGGAGCCCUGCUGUCAACUGGCCUCUGUCUCUUCAUCAACAUCUUUGUUGCAAAAGAGAAAUGGAUCAUCCGUACUGUUGUGGCAGUCAUUGGAAAAUCAAUGUCAGAGGCCUCAUUCACCAUCAUCUUCCUCUACACAACUGAACUCUUCCCUACAGUCAUUCGACAGAAUGGUUUAGGCUACACUUCCUUUGUGGCGCGCCUGGGCGUGUCCAUCUCUCCACUCGUCGUGCUAUUGGAGGACGUUUGGCAUCUCCUCCCUGCAAUCAUUUAUUGCGCGGUGGCGGUCGGAUCCGGUUUAGUGGCUUGGCUCCUGCCUGAAACACUAAACACCCGACUGCCCGAAAGCAUCGAGGAUAUUGAGAAACCAAGGGGACAAUCCACGAGGAACAAGGAUUUUCAAAAGAAAUCGAAUUUAUUGAUGAUGACGGAUACUCAGCCUCUCUAAAGUAUAUUUGUUACGUAAUGCAUUGCGUCUGAAUAAUACUGUGAGUCAAAGUCAAAAUGAGUAAUUAAAUCAACUUACCCAAAGACGUACUGAUUAAAUGCUGUUAGGAUUAGUAAUAUAGAAGAAAAAAGAAGCAAAGAACUGUAAAUGUGCUUGUAGUUGUCAAUGACAACACCACUAAAAAUAUGUGUGGCCACGUUCUAAAUGUACUGUUGCAUCCUUCACUUUUAAUGCUGUCUUUGUCUGUGCUGAUCAAUGAGCCAUUAUGUAACAUUUUCCUUGAAUCAAAAACAUUAAACCUUUUACCA